CUCAGCUCAGUUCUUAUCGAGCCGUAUACUGCGUUACAUUAUUCAGUUCGGGCACGAUCCGAUUAUGUCGUAAAUACUCUCGUUCAUUUCGGUAAAUAACAAUUCGACGCGAAUGUCAUGUCAUAAAAUCUAACGCGAUUAAGUUACGAAUCGAUAAAGUAAAAAUGGCACAGAUUUCGCAGGUGAUACCACCGACUAAAGUAUUUCUAGACGUUUUUUUAUUAUUAUGCGUGGGAUUUCCCAUACUGUUCUUAUUCCUCUGGGCACAACCCUACGAGAGAGGGUUCUUUUGCAACGAUGAAAGUCUUAUGCAUCCCUAUCACGAAUCAACGGUACCAAGUAUUUAUCUUUACAUCGUUGGACUUGGAAUGAAUUGUAUUGUGAUGAUCCUGACGGAAUUUUUAACGCAUCCAAGAGAUACGCAAGUGAAGUGUUUUGGAAGAACGAUACCGUCGUGGGCUUGGAAAUCUUAUUGCGUGAUCGGAGUGUUUGGUUUUGGUGCGGCUUGUUCGCAAUUAACUACUGAUGUUAUGAAAUAUACGGUUGGAAGACUGAGGCCUCACUUUCUUACGGUUUGUCGGCCGGAUAUUGAUUGUACCCUUGCCGCUAACCAACAUAAAUUUCAUGAGUACUUUAAGUGCAGCAACAGCGAUUUUAUGAAUAAUAGGAGAAUUAUGAAAGAAAUGAGAUUGUCUUUUCCAUCGGGACAUUCAUCAUUUUCAAUGUACACGAUGGUUUAUUUCGCAAUUUACCUUCAAUCACGUAUGACGUGGAACGGUUCAAAAUUGUUAAGACACGCCCUGCAAUUUAUCGCCGUUCUGGCAGCUAUUUUUACUGGUAUGACUAGAAUAUCGGACUAUAAACAUCACUGGAGCGACGUUUUGGCCGGGUUUUCAAUCGGGGCUGUCGUUGCGAUUGUUGUGGCUAAAUACGUCUCGGAUCUUUUCCCGGCUAUACAACCCGAGGAUGAUCAUCAUCCUACGGAAAUGAAUCAUUUAAACGGCCGUAACGGACACGCACAGUCGCACGUAUAGUAAUUACUGAUACUGCCAAAAUCAUUUUCUCAAGCUCCAUUCUAAUUUCCAAUUCUUUUUUAAAAAAUUAUGUAAAUAUUGAGUUUUUAUAUUUAUUAACAAAAAAAAUGAAAUGUAAGAAAAUUUCCAAGUAUUAUUUUAUUAGUUGAUAAGUAGUGUGUAACUUGCAAGCAAUAAGUUGUACCUUAAAUAACUAUUCGUUAAAAUUCUGUUUCUGUGAUAUCUAAAUUUUGUUUAAUUUUCUUAAAUCCCUAAUAUAUUAAGGAAUAUAAUAGUAUUUGGAAUACAUUUAAUUUAGUUUAUUAUUGUUUCUAUUAUAUUUUGUUUCGCAAUUUAUUGAUUAAAAGUCAAUAUACGGUAACUAGAAAAAGAUAUAAAAAUAUUUAUAGCAAAUACAGGGUGAUAACUAUCUUUGUGAAUCGAAAACCUUUGAAAACAUUAUAAUGAAAACCAAUUUUACAACCUUUCUAAGACACUUUGGUAGCUAUUUAUGACUUUGAUCACCAAUCAAAGUAUUAGAGUAGUCAUAUGAGAUACAUUGUCAGAGCAACUUAAUAUAUUAUAAGCUUUUUUCUUGCAAUAAUGUAACUUAAGGAAAUUGAAACUAUGUUCUUGACUGAUGAUUUGCUUGUUUUGUAGAAACUAAUAAAUAUUAUAAAUAUAUUUAUGAUCAGCAUUA